CUAAGUGAUAGAAGAUAAGGAGAGAGAGAGGGAUAUGGCAAGCAGAGGUGGAGGUUGGAUAUCAUCAAGAAGCUGCAUAAACACUAGUAUUCCACAAAGAGAAAGUAGUAGAAGGGCCAGCAAAGGAAAUCACUUGUCAUUGAUAACAAAAAGAAGCAAAACGCCUUUGGUGAGAAUUUCUAGCUCAGAUGGAAAAUGGCAUGGAGAAUGGAAUUGUGAUUACAUUUUCACUCUUGGAGACCUUCAACUUGAAGAUUUAGCUGAAGAAACUGAUACUCCACUUUCUAUUCAACUCUCUAUCCACAAGGUACAUACAAUAUAUUCCUUUGACCAACUACUUUUAAUUCAUCUUCAUAUUAUAAUUCAUGUUCAUGUUGAUGAGCAGCACGCAGGCUUUGGGCUCUCAGUAGAUGGAACAAUUAUCACAUCUUUCACCACAAAAUGUAGCAACUGUUCUUCCCCAUACUGCAGAGAGAUUCAUACAAGCUUUAAAGUUUGGAUAUUACCAUCAACCAGAGACAAAGGAUGUACAGAUCAACUUCCACUGCUUGGUUGGGAUGAUCCAUCAGUUAUCUAUGUCAAACCAGGACUUGAAGCUGACCUUGAUUCCUUGAUACAAGAUACCCUUAGACUUGCGACCUCUGUAAAAGAGACUUGUUCAGAAUCAUGUGAGAAAUCUGAACCUAAAUUGCAGCCUUUGGGUAAACAAAAUGCUGCCUCCAUUGAUAGGAGGUGGUCCAGAUUAUUGGAGCUCAAGAAGGAAACUUAACUUUCAUCAAAAUCUCAAUAGCUAUGCACCUGGAUCACUGUAAAACCAAACAACAUAUUACUUUCUCCCUCUCUUCAAACUAUUAUCUUUUCAUAGCUCAAAUGAAAAUUAGUUGCAGUAAAGGAAAAUCAACUGUUUGCUCAUUUUGUUGCUCAAAACACUAUUAUACAGGAUUAGUUUUUCA